AUUGCUAACCAAAAUGACUUUGCCAUUAUCAAGGUUUGAUUAUGCAACUGUGGGUGUUACAUCUCGAGGUACACUGAAAGUUUUUCCUGCAACAGAACAUAGACAGACACAGAAAUUUGCCGUUGCUGAUCAUGAUGGAAUACUUUAUGUUUAUGGUGUGAAGAAAGGAGAGUUGCAACUAUCAUUUAAAUCUUUACCAGGACCCAAAAUUAAUAAAUUGGUUCUUGGUGGUACCACUCGUGACAAGAUUUUUAUUGCCCAAGAAAAUACAGUGAAGGGCUACACCAAGAAAGGAAAAUUGUUCUUGGAGUUUGAUACAAAUCUCAUAGACCCUAUCACAUCCCUAUAUGUGCUUGGUCCAAAUCUUGCAGCAUGUGCCAGAGACCUUUAUCACAGAUACCAUGACUGCAAAGAUGCUGACUCUUAUUUAGCUGGUGAAAUUUUAUAUGAUGUAGUACUCCUGCCUACUGAUGGCACCUUCGUUUAUGCUAUAAUUGCUUGUGGAGACUGUGCUAUACGAGUUCUUCAUGGUACAAAAAGCCCAGCAGUUCUUCGACUUCCAAGUGUACCCACAGUAUUAGCUUUGUGCAGGGACCGUGAUAUUGAAUCUAAAGAACAUAUUUUAGUUGGAACUAUGGAUGGCAAAGUAGGGUUGCUGAUUCUUGAAAGUAAUAAGACUCUGAGAAUCACUUGGAUAUUAAACAUGACAGGAUCAGAAGUGACUUCUUUAGACACCUACGAAUUGCAAGACGGAUUAGACAUACUUAUUGGGCGACAAGACGGUACUGUUGAAGUAUAUACCUUCCCUGAAGAAGACACGUCAUCUUUCCUUCGAUAUCGUUACAACGCCAGUGAAAGCAUAAGUUCAGUGGUAGGUGGAACAAUAGGAGCAGCAGGAUAUCCUGAAGUAUUAGUCGCAACAUACUCAGGAAGAAUAUUUGGUUUGACUACUAGACCACCAGGAUUGUUGGAAGCUGAUCAAAAUGAUGGUUUGAUAAAACUGAAAGCAGAAAUACAACAAUUACAGGAGAAGCUUAAUGAGGAGAAGGAAACAACUAAUUUCACAGCCGACCCCUUAACACCAUUGAUUUUAUCAGUAAAUUACAGAAUGCUUCUGAACAGAGAUGAUGCAUCAUACUCGCUUUCUGUAGAACUGGAUACACCAAUUGAUAAUAUUUUAAUACAGUCAGACACACCAGUUGAGCUGCUGGAUGUAGAGAGUAACAGUGCAGUUGUUAGUCUUUCAAUCUGUAAUCCUAGAGAAGGCAAUUUUAUUCUUGCUACCUAUCGUUGUCAAGUAAAUACCAAUCACCUUGAAAUGAGGCUGAGAACUAUUGAGGGUCAGUCUGGUACCUUACAAAUUUAUGUAACUUCACAGGUAUGUUUCAUUAAUAUAGUUAUGACUUAAAACUAUAGACUGUUCUUCAUGUAGGUACAACCAAAGUGCUGUCGUAAAAUAUCAAUUCCUAUAUGUGCACUAUCUCUUCAUGUAAGGCUGCACGAAGAUGAUGGUACAGAGCCUCAAGAAAGAGGUCCUUUUAAUGAACUGAAAGUAGUUGGAACCUUCACCAUUGCUGAGAUGCAUGCUUGGCUUUCUCUUGCAUUGCCCGAUGUACCUGAAAGACCUCAUUUAGUAGAAGGAGAAGCUAUUCUGACAUAUGUUUCAUCCUUUAUUGGCACAUUUAUAAAAUGCAAAUAUAAGAAAGGAAGUGCCAUUAUCUUUGGAGAAAAUAUAUCAAGCAUCAUAAUUCUCAGAGAUGUACUAACAAGAGAAGCAACAAAGAGAAAGAUAAAAUUAGAUGUCUUCUGUGAUGUUGCAGAAGGUAGCAUAUCCAAAGUAUUAGAAUUGAUUCUCCCACGAUUAAACGCUGCUUACGAAUUAACUAUGAAAAUAAAGACUCUGAAUGUUCUUGAAGAAUGGGAGCUGAAAGAAAAUCCAAAAGAAAAUUUGUGUUCAGAGUAUCAAGAGUUGUUACAGAAAGAAACAGAAAUCAAAUCACAAAUGGCGAAAGACAGUGAAAUAUUAGAAAGAUUACAAGCGGUGAUCACAGAUCUGUAUGUCGACUGGGAAAGAGCUAAACGUUCUCGAAGAAUUAAUAGCAAGGACGCUGCGGAAAAGCUCAGUGCAGCGCUUGAAUCUAGAGAGCUGGCACAACUCUUACAAAUUUUCGUUAACACAAGUAACACGGUGCCUGCACCAACUUCAGUACCUUCGAUUAUGUAACGUUUUCAUGGAGAAUGCAAUAAAAAUGGACCACAAUGUUUCUAUAAAUGUCAUUAUGUAAAAAAUAUAUUUUUCAACGACGAUUCGCGAUAUAAACAACUAAUUUAAGUACAAUAUAUACGUAUAUGUAUAUAUAUAUAUAUAUAU